AUAUGUUUUACAUAUGUAUGUACAUCAAUUCUAUCUUUUGAGCUAUGCAAUACAAACCAUUUUUCGAACCCAAAACUUUUCAAACCAUAUAAACCAAAAAAUUAAUUAACCGAAAUUCCAAAUUGAUAUUCAAUAAAAUUUGCAAAACCUCAAAUUUCGUCCAACGCUGUUGCCCACUACUGUAAAUUCCACAUUCCAACUGGUUACAGGUUCCAAAGCCUGGCAUAUGCGCCUCACGUUCGAACGUCUGUCCGGCGGCUGUAAUCUGCACCGCUGCAAGCUGUGCGGCAAGGUCGUCACCCACAUACGCAACCACUAUCACGUCCACUUUCCCGGCCGCUUCGAGUGUCCGCUCUGUCGCGCCACUUACACGCGCAGCGACAACCUGCGAACGCAUUGCAAAUUCAAGCAUCCUAUGUAUAAUCCGGAUACGCGCAAAUUUGAAAAUCUAAUGUCGGCGGCUGCCGCGAGUGCAGCAGUGGCGGCGCAAUCGCCGACGGCCACGCAAAUAGCGGCUGCCUCGCAAGCGGCAAUGGCGGCGGCGGCGGCUGCGGCGGCCUUCAACGCGGCGCAACAGCAGCAGCAACAGCAACAGACGCACCAGCAGCAACGCGAGC